GAAGGCGCUAUUGGACGGGAAACGAAGACUGCCCAUGUCCCGAUAGGCUGUCACCCAAGACCCAAAGUCCCGUGGUCCCCCAGUCGCCCAGUCCAAUGGGGACCCACACACCCGAUGCUCGCCGGGGCGCAAAUCGCGACUGCAUUACUCCGGCACUCCGCCCCGAUGAGUUUCGCACUCCAGAACCGUGAUUGGACGCCCACCACAACCUGUCUCCCUGUCUCCCUGUGUGAAAAGAAGUGCCCCGUUGAAGUGGUGGUCAGCAACCCUGUUGAUGGUGUUCGGCCCCAGACUCUCAGCCCUGUGUCGCUCAGCCCCCUUGCUCAGACGUCCACGGCGCUCAGAUCGCAAACUGCACCCAGAGGGACCGCUGCCGCGGGCAUCCCCGUUGCAUACCGCGCCGUGCCCAAAACCUUAAUCACAGUGCCCCAAACAGUGGGUGCGAAGGAUUCCGGCGUCUUCCUUUCCGCCCCGACGGGGUGGAUAUCCGAACUUUACUUCAAGUGCCUGAACCCCCAUUGGACUUCAGAGCCAUUCCAAUUGGGCAAACGUCGGUUCUUUCGCGAGAGCCUCGGGGAAGCGUCGAGGAAUGCACCUCUCUGUAUGUACAUACAUACUUCGAAACUGUGUACCGUGUCUCGGGUGUGACCCAAGAUGCCAGAAUUUGGGGUCGGGUGUUGGUUGGCUAGGGACAGUCGGGGACGGACAGCUGAAUGAGAGGCUAUAAUAAGGCCCGGGUGUGUCACAACCGCUUCUCCAGUGCGAGGCAGUGACCGUUCCAUCGGGAAAAGUCCUCGGAAGGCUCGUCCAUCAAUUGGCCACCAAAAACACCAUUGUUGCCAUUUUUACGAUAUGUCAAGUGCCACAAGAUCAUCGUGUCGGA